AUGGCUCCAAGCCUAUCAGUCACGCGUGCUGUAGAGAGGAGGAUCUCGAGCAAUAAAGCUUUGGAGGGAAGUAAGUAAACAGCAGUCACGGUGCGCUCCUCCUCCUCUACAUGUGCUUCCCCCCACGGCUCUCCUCCCCCUCAUCAGAGUGGUGCUCAUUUGCAUAAAAUGUGUGUCAGUAGGGCACAGCUCACAUGCAGCUCGCGCAUGCAGCAGGCAUUCCAAUAGCAAAUGAGUCCACGCGCCGUCAUCUGCCACUGAGAGCAGAGAGGAGGAGGAGGCAGGAGGAAGGGACAGCAGCUCUAUUACAGCAGCGUGACUGGGAAGGGAAGAAAGAGGGCGUGUGAACACAGUUCUUGCCAUACAAUAACACAAACUAUUUAAAGGGCAAAGAAAGGAGGGGGGACUAGUGGGGGAAAAGCUCAGUCACAUUUUUAAGACACCUGGAAACGUGUUCGGCAUUUACUUGUGUGAUGCUUGUGCACGUCUCAAACUAGUUACGCAGCUCUGCCUUGGAGAACGACCUUUUGAAGGAAAGCACUACUGUAAUGUACACGAUACAAUCUUUAAGGACAUCUUUCAAAGAGUGAGGACGGCACAUUGCCCUGCUUACCUGAAGGACAUCUGGCAUUAGAGUGUCGGCUUCUUUCUCGAGACAUUUCCUAACAGACUUCUUGAAGUUCUCACCUGUGUGGACGGAAUUUGAAACUCGCUGAAAAUUAUGGACCCGACUCAGAUACUUGCAUUUCCUUCAUCAGCAUCAGGAACAGACACCAUGGACGGCAGUCCAGGGGGAGGAGUGAUUCUCUAUGCAGGCUCAACAGGAAGCGCCAGCCCCUGCCCCAGCCUCAGCCCCAGCCCAGGAAGCCCAUCCAGUGGAUACCAGACCCAGUCUCCCAGCUCCCAACUCUCUCAACCCUCGUCUCCGGAGGAGGUCUCUUUCACUGAGCUCGGCACCCUUAGAAAACAUUCAGCUGGAAGCAAUGUCAGUUCUACAGGGGGCAACAAACUGGUUUUCCAAUUUCCAGAAGUAAGCAGUGCUACCACUGUCAACCCCGUUACCCCGACUGUAACAUCAUCAGGGCAAAACACCUAUUCUCACCCAAUGGUCGGCAGGCGACCAAGUGGGUUCACGGGUACCUUUACCAAAACAGGAGGUAUGGUGUUGCUUUGCAAAGUAUGUGGGGAUAUUGCAUCAGGAUUUCACUAUGGUGUCCAUGCAUGUGAGGGAUGCAAGGGUUUCUUCCGCCGCAGUAUCCAGCAGAACAUCCAUUAUAAGAUGUGUGUGAAGAAUGAAAACUGUCUGAUCAUGAGGAUGAACCGCAAUCGCUGUCAGCACUGUCGAUUUAAGAAGUGCCUCUCUGUCGGCAUGUCCAGAGAUGCUGUGCGAUUUGGACGCAUCCCAAAGCGCGAGAAACAACGCCUACUGGACGAAAUGCAGAGUUACAUGAACAGCCUUAAUGAAUCAGCUUCCAUGGACAUCAACUGUACUACACCCACCGAGACUCCUUCCAGCCCUGAAGGUGGCCAGUCAGAAGAGGCCAUUGGCGCUGCCUCACAAGCUUAUCGCAAUAUCUUUGUGAAUGGGGAGAAGUUGUUAGUAAAGAUUAAUAACGAAAACAACAACAGUAACAACAGUCCUUCUUCCUUCCGUCAUAAUCCAAUACAAGAGUCCGGCUACAGCCAGUCUCACUCUCAGCCAAGCAUCUCACCCCAAGAACAUUCCAUCCAUUCCACAACAAGCUGUCUACACCGAUCCAGAUGCCCGGUCACCAAUUACGACAACAAACCAAAAACACAAGUUAUGGACAGUCAGUAUAACUUCCCACAGUCCUCAAGUCCCAACCAGGGAACUACACCUUCUCAAAGCUAUCCAUUGAAGCACAACAAUUAUUCCACUCAAACAUCUUGUCCUUGGAGACGGAGCCCUGGUGCUAAAGUUCUGGCAUGUCCUCUCAAUGCAUGUCCCGUCUCCCCGGCCAGUCACUCCAGUCAACAGGUUUGGGAGAGUUUUUCCCAGUGCUUCACUCCAGCUGUUAAAGAAGUGGUUGAAUUUGCCAAGAGCAUUCCAGGGUUUCAGGCCCUGAGUCAACAUGAUCAGGUCAUGCUGCUGAAGGCAGGAACCUUUCAGGUUCUAAUGGUGAGGUUCUGCUCGCUGUUUGAUGCCAAGGAACGUACUGUAACAUUCCUAAAUGGUCAGACCUACCCAUUAGCAUCCUUGCGAGUGCUAGGCAUGGGUGGCCUUCUGGACGCCAUGUUUGAGUUCAGUGAGAAGCUGGGGAACAUGGGUCUGGAGGCUGAUGAGAUGGCCCUCUUCAUGGCUGUGGUGCUGGUUUCUGCAGAUCGUUCAGGUAUCUCAGAUGUGGGGGCCGUAGAGCAGCUCCAGGAGGAUUUGAUCGCCGCUCUUCGCACUCUCAUCACUCGGCGAAGGCCAGAGGACAGCUCACUCUUCCCCAAACUCCUGCUGCGGCUGCCUGACCUCCGUACCCUCAACAACCAGCACUCCGAGAAACUCCUAGCCUUCCAUAUUGACCCCUGAGAACAGAAAGAGACAAUCACCAGACCUACCCAAGUCUACACAUUGAUGAUAAGUGGUCAAAAAUAGAUUCAGGGUGCUCUUCCUGUACAAAAAAAAUCCAUGCAUAAUUCAGGAUAAACAUUUGAUUUUUGACUAGCACUUACACAAACACCUGAGACUUGCUCCACCACAAGAUACAACUGAACUUGAGCUUUUCCAAUUAAAAAAA